AUGAGCCAAUUUGAUCUACAACAGGCUCAAAACCAUGAGAGGCGGAAUAGGAUCCGUAACCAAUCCUCUAAUGCCAAGAGUAAACGUUCCAAUACCUCAAAUCAGAUGUUCGAAAAACUCUGUAAGUGGUCCAAAUAUUCCAAGCUGCGAGACUCUGAUCGCACGAAUCAGGAAAGCAGAAAACCUGUAAGAAGCGGCAGUAAACCUUUAAGAAGCGGCAGCUCGCUCAGACGUGUCAAUUCGCUAUCGCGUCGCAAAGAUUUUACUACAAGAGCAGAAAUACAGUCACACUCACAGUCCGGGAAUUUCGUCUUCCAUCGCGGUUUCUCCUUAAAGCGCUCUAAACUUCCGUCAUUGAAAGGAAAACAUAGAAACCAAGCUGAGCUUGCAAGCGCCAUGGACUAUAUCGACCUUCGCUCCAUGCCAAGGUCAGAUUUCACCUCGGCAAGACGAUUUCUAUAUCUCAAAUUGAAAAGCCCAUCAUUUUGGCAACUGCUUCGCCUGCAUCCUAGAUUUGUCUUUCGGACAAUUACAGCGGACCCUAACCCAAUGUCUGGUAAGGUCAAAUCUUCAUAUGGGGCAACCGUCCCACGCAAAAAUAGCAUUCGCAGGGUGAUACCCAAUGCAGGAAGAAUACGGAGAGCAAACACGUAUUCGGGACCGUACCACCAGUCUUCAACACACCCCAAAAACAAGCCGCUAUAUGAUGUGUGGAGGGAUUACCUCUCUCAUGUAAUAUCGCAGCGCAUUGAGCUCCGACUUUAUCUACAUGAUCCGAUAUCCGACGUCAGUGCAAGUAGUGAAUUCGCAACACGAAGCUCCAAAUCGACUUCUUUGACGACCCCAUCUGAUGAAGCUUAUUUUCCUUCUCAUUCCUCAAGCUCAGGUGCCACCAAUGACGAGAGAUCGUCUUUCUAUGAGAAUGCAAUGAAUGAUCAUAUGUCAUUGAAAACAGGGAGCGAGGUAGCUUCAGUGGCAAGCGCUGAACGAAAUAGAAGUGCUCUUCAACUAAGAAAGGCAUACUAG